AUGGCAAAACGAAAGACAGGAAUCUGGAUGGAGCUGGCCCAGAGAAUUGAUGACGGAGGAGAACAGAGCAGAGCACGCUCGAGGACCAACUUCCAGCGUAGAACAGCAGCAGUGGAGCCGCUUCCAGACAGGGCUAGGGCCAAGCCAGGGCCAAGCCAGGGCCAAGGCCGGCGAUGGGCCUCCCUGAUAGGGGCACUCACGGCCGGAUCGCUGGCCAAUCAGAGAGCACAUAUCCCGGACCAGGGUCCCGGGCCUGGCUGCUGGUUGGCCACACGCCCCACACGCGCUGCCAAGCACCUCCUGGGCUGUUCUGCAGAAUUUCCGCUGUACAGCCGGUGCUUCCAUGGCUUCCAUGGCAGACAUGGCUCGCAGAGUGGUGGUGGUUGGCACGGCACAAUGGGCGGAGGGGUGGACGACCUGUUCACCCCAAAUCGUUGUUGA